ACUCCGAGUGCAUCAGUAUUUCCUCAUUCAAAGAACAUUUAACGGUUUGAUUCAUGGUUAAAAAUGAGAGUAAAAUGCUAGUUUAGCUGGUCAAAAAGCCUAGGACCUCUCAAAUUAGGAUGUCUGGAUAUUACAUUAAUAUUUGUCUGUUUGCUAUUUUUGCAAGAGAAAUAUUUGGAGUGAGAGUGGAGACGGGCUUAUACAGUCGAGUUGAGCUCACUGGAGAGAAACUCAAUCAAACUACUACUGAUUACCUGCAGUCAGUGGAAUGGAUCAAACUAAACAGAUCAUCUCAGUGUCUAUGUCUUCGGUUUCAAAAAUACAAUGAUACCAAAAUCUACAGUCAAUGCUGUGGGAAGGCUCAUUUCAAUUUAAACAACAACAGCCUCAUUUUGGAGAAUGUGACCGCACAGAAUGAAGGAGUCUUCAUGGAAACUAUAGUUUCUCAAAACGGAUCUAGAAAAAGUUUCAACUUUACAUUACAUAUUCUCUACCCUCCAAAUGCAACAGAAAUGAUGGUCAUCUGGACUUCCAACUCAUCUGUUACUCUCAGGUGUGAAGUUACUGGCUCAUUUCUGCAUCUUAAGUGGAAGAGAGAAGGUGUCUCCAUUCCAGAAGACCACAGAUACUCAAUCAGUAACCAGACUCUAAACAUCACCAAUAUAACCAUCUCAGAUUAUGGGACAUACAGCUGUUUGGUUAAAACUCUAUAUGGAGAAUCAGAAAAGCACAUAUAUUUUACCAGACACAACUCAACUCUUUCCCAAACAAAUGGUACUCCUGCUGCACCUCUGAGUCACAAUUAUCAGAUUCUAAUUUCAAGUGGACUUACACUCAUUGGUGUUUUAGGACUGUGCCUCAUGUUCGUCGUCAUUUUCAAAUACCAUCAGGUUCACUGUCACAGAAAAACACCAGACAGAAAGACGAAAGGCCACCGAGGGGAAAAUGGCAAAACAACAGAAGGGGAUGAAGACACUGACCUUGGAAUUUAUCAGGAAAUAUCUUCCACUCAAGAUGUGACCCUUUUGCCAUACGUCUACACAGACUUCAUUAAGCCAAAAAUGGCCAAUCAGGACUCAGCUGCUGCGGAACACUUUAAGGAGUUUGGUUACUCUGAGAUUGGACCAGCAGGCAGGGAGGAAACAGUCAUUUUGGAUUGUGCAAUCUAUGAAGAACAGGCCACACGUCUACUGAUACUUUAGAGGAGUGACAGUUGAUAAGAAAGUCUAUGGUACAUAUAUGAGUAAGACAGUGAAUAACAGUUAACCUACUUGAAACUAACAAAGUUUCAUAUUCAUGAAUCUGAAGCAGCCUACAGAAACAACAGUCAUCGAAAGUGAAAGGUGCAGGCCAAUAACAAAAAUUUUAUAUCCAAAUCAACCACUAGAUGGCAGCAAAAAGACCUAAAACAUAGAUCUGCUAUAUGCAUACUUCGUUUUUUCUGAUAAUUACAAACGCAGAGACAAAGCAGAAGAAAACUUCCAGGUGGAGUUGGAGGCAUCGUCAUAGUAAUAAUAAUUGUUGCAUCAUUACAAUGUCAUUCAGUGUCAUUUUGAAACAUAUUCUCUAAAACGCAAUUAGUACUGGAUUUACAGUAUUAACAUGAUACAUAUUGUACAUUGACUGUUUUCGACAUAACCUAUGCAUUUACCAGAUUAUAAUAGGUCUUUUCCACUGCACUGUUGCCUUGCAAAAACGUCAAGCAAAGAAAAGCACAUAGUGCUUAAAAUUUCAAGUCACAUUUAAUAAGCAUGCACAUUGUGAAAGGUCCGAAGUGUCCACCCUGCUCAUUAGUGAAUGUCAUACACAGUUUUUAGAUAAAUGACUUAUGCCAUGCAGGACAAUUGGGAGAGCAAAAGUGUUUUUGUCUUGCAUGGCAACCUCAACAUAUCAAUCAAAUGGCAUGUCAUUGAGUGGCAGUUUAAUUUAUAUUAAAGGCGAGUCCAGCUGUCAGUGAAGAGGGAGUCAAGUGACUUUGUCUUUUGAUCUUGGAGUUAUUUCGUUUUUUACAAGCAAACUCUCUAAAUGGGCUGUAAAAGCAAAGACGAAAAUAUUGAGGGACAGCUGAGUAUCAACAUCUGGAAAGGACAUAGAGACAUAACGUGUAAAAGUCUCAUAGAAUAUUUAAUUUACAUUUUUAUAGACAGCUAGAGUACCUUCAUGUAUACAUAAAGCAAUGUUUUACUGGGAUUCUUCAAAGCAACCAGGAUGGUGUAAAUGAUAGGUUCAUUUCUUUGUUUUUAGAAAAGAAAAAAGAAAAAAUGGUCAAAUAAAAGAAUAAAACCAUUUCAGUUUAACAGACAUGUGUGGACUGUACAGUCUCACUUCUAAGUGUGCUUACCCAAGAAAUGCUGGGAAAUAAUAUACACAAACAGAUGAGAAUGUACUGUAAGUGUUUAAUAAUUUAAUUUUAAUCUCCUGUAUUGUAAAUAGAAAAAACAGAGAAGUUUGGGGACAGUGUUAAAAUCAACGAUCUCCUCCUUUAAACCUCUACAAUAAGUGCAAACAGACAUGUAUAUACAAAAUUGCACAUUAUCUUUGGGGGUUAAGGGGAAAAUAAAGAAAUAAUGAGUGGCAAAUAAUUUGCAUUGCCCUUUUGGGGAUAAAUAAAUCACAAAUGGAACUUGUCGGACACAGACACUCCACAACAAAGUUAGAGACUAAAUGCAAAGCAGUUAUUGGAAUAAAACAACUGAGAUCUGUGUGAUAAACAGGUGUGCUCUGAUCCGAAGGUUUAAGAUCUGUGAUUAAGCCCUAUCUGGCAACCCUGAGAGAAAAACAACCCUAUUUCAGCUAGGUUUGACUAAGCUGAACAUUCAAUUGGAAUUAAUGGACCAAAUCAGACCAUGAGCACUCCUAUGCAGAGAGGCUUCUUUAAGUGCAUAAAAUCAGCAGGGUUCUCAUUUCUUUUGUUGAGGCUACUGCAUCAUUCGUGAUGCUCUAUGCAAUCAGUGAAAUAUACGGAUUGCUUAAUAAUAAUUCUAAUAGAUUUAACUGCAAAAAUUUGGACAGAAAGGGUACCAAAAUCUUGUGAGAUCCUUUCACGAUCCCAAAAAUAGUGUAUAGUGAAAUUAUAAAACAAAAUGAUAUGCUACAGAUGAUGGAACAAUCACAUUGAAUAAGGAAAACAAAACCUCUACAUGUUUAGACAAAAAAUGGUUCACAGCAUUUAAAAUGUUCAAUUUAUGAAUAUAUUCUGAAAGUCACUGAUGUAAUCCAUGGUUUAUAAUAACAUAUACAUUAUCUAUUGUUAUUCAAAGAAGUUCCAUAUUACACCAUGAAGAGCUCACUUUGAUACUCAGUCUCUCUCAUCUGAAAAUCCCCCUCUGUGCCAACCAUCUGGUUGAACACAAUCUGUGAAUAAGUUCUCAAAUAUACAAAAGUGCUAAUCUUCAAUAAGCGUAAAAAAUGUCUACCUGGCCAUAAAAGCCUCUCACCUUCUUUUUUUUUUUUUAAGGCAAGUGGUGACCAGUAGGUCAAAAGACUCUUGCCACAGAACCACGCUGUAACAUCUCCCAAUGCAUAUCACAACAAAAAAUUUCCCUCGCAUUUUAAUUGAGUAAGCAGAGAAAAGUGCUUUUGCCAUUUGUCGUUUAAAGUUUCCACAAAUGGCAAGAUUUUUACUCUUUAUGUAGGAGGACAUGUAUCUCUCAACUAUACAUGGAAGGAACAUGAAGUAUGGAAGUAUGCACUGUGAAUGUGUGGAUGGGAAGCCAAGAUCCUUUCCACAUGAGUAAAACAUGCUGAAAAUUAAAAACAGAAUGAAAUCAAAUGAAUCUUAGACUUUUAUUCUACUGUACAUUUAAAUGAAAUCUACAAGCCUUUAAAGCGGUAAUUCUGUCAUUAUUUACUUCAAACCUGUAUGACUUUCUUUCUUCCAUGAACACAUUGGCAGAACUUAUAGUGUCAGCAUUGUGUCAUUGUUGAAAAAAGAUGCAAUGAAAGUGAAUGUUGACUGAGGCUAUCAUUCUGCUUAACAUCUCCUUUUGUGUUUCGCGGAAGAAAUUCAUAUAGGUUUGGAGUAAAAAAUGAAUUGUGAACUAUCCCUUUAAGACCGGAUGACCGUUUUGUAGACCUUGUCCCCAAGUACCUUAUUUUAUCUCGUAACUGUAGUUGAGGUAAAAGGAACUAUACUGUAAACACUUAAGAGGGUGCUUGAGGGAGGCUGGGGGUGCACGAGUGUUUCCGUCUUGGAAACAGAACAACAGAAUUCACAAAGACCAAGUUCUUUCCUGUCAUCAAGACUUAAAACACUCAAUUCUCAGCCAAUAAUGAAGUUCAAAGUGCUAAGAAUUUGUCAAGCUCUCGGUCUGUUUAGAAUUAGCAGAUUCCGGAAUUGAAGGAAGGGGAAAGUGGGCAAUUUUUGUUCAGGGAAAACCUGCAUCCGCUUGAUGUCCAGAGGCCACACGCUCAUUCCCUACAACACAGCUACGGCAACACAAUAUGAUACACCAGUAAAAUCUCUUUUCCAAAAUGAUCUUUAGACAAAGUUAUACAUCAUCUUCAUAAAUAGUUUAUGUGCUGCUAUGUUCUCUAUCAAUAUAAAUAGCAAAAUAUAGUGUCAUAUUUCCUAUAGCUAGCUGAAUCCCCUUAGCCGAAGUAAAGCAUCAUAUAACCACAAGAAUCUUUUUCUCAAAGGAUCCCUUAGAAACAUGUACAAUUGGAUCUAGAUCUUUAAAGUAACAUACGCAAAUAAAGUGGAUGUCUGUACAAAAAAAUUACAAAAUAAUACAAAUACAAAAUCAUAACACAAUCAAUGUGUUUUGUUGAUCACGGAAGUGCAUAGAUGCUGAGUUAGUGAGAUGGGUGGGACCAACCGAUUGGGUGGAAAGUUUUAUUUUCUUCUCGGUGGAGAUGAUGGUGGUGUGGAAAUCCUCCGUGAUGAUCUGACCUACUUCUGCGUCUUUCUGUUUUGGAAAUCCCAACAUAUAUUUUGUGUGAAGAAAAACACUCAGCGCUAAUUUGGGUUUAAUUUUUUCGUUAAAUUAAAAUGCUAACCCAUAAAUAUACAAAUAAACAAAGAGUCCACUUUUUUUGAUGAGACCAAAAAAUGUUUCUAACACUUUGUGGUGUACAUUCAGGAACAUUCAUAUUGAGAGUGAAAAAAUGCAACGCAAAAUAAAAAAAGGGAAAAAAAUAAAAAAUUAAACACUGUAAGAGUUAACAAUAAACACUGACAUAAUAAUAAUUUAGAUUGUUACAAAUUAUUCCUAUGUUUUUUU